AGUUGCGGAAGUGGCCUGCGCUGUUUGCGGAGGAUGAGACCUGCUGAGCGACCAGACGCCGGGGAAGAAGAGGUGUGAGGAGUCCGGGAUCCGUGACGUUAAAGGCUCAGGUGGAUGUGGAUUGUCCCUCAACAUGCUUUUCGGAUGAGAUCCAGCUCGAUCCCAGUCUCGUUUCGUGCGUGUGACCCGUCUUGAGACUGAACUAUUAUCGCGGGGAGAGCGUUAUUUUUGGGGGAUGAGCUAUGGGUGCACUACAGUCCGCACCUGGCCAUCAAGAAUACAUCGAUCUGGCUGAAAAGACGGGCUUUUCUUUCGAGCAGAUUGGCGUCCUGCAUAAAAGAUUCAAACAGUUGAGCCACAAUCAAGAGACUCUAAGGAGAGAACACUUCAAUGAAAUCCCAGACCUAGCAUGUAAUCCGAUCCGUGCCCAGAUCGUAGAGGCUUUCUUUGACAGAAGAAACAUCCGUCAGAACGGUGGAGGGACGGUCGAGGAGAUCGGCUUUGAAGAAUUCCUGGUCGUCAUGUCUCACUUCAGGCCUCCGUCGCUGCACAUGACGAACGAGCAGCGUGAGAACGUCAGGAGGGAGAAACUGAGAUUUUUGUUCAACAUGCACGACACUGACAAUGACGGGACCAUAACCCUUGAGGAAUACCGACAUGUGGUGGAGGAGCUGUUGUCUCGUAGCGGGACCCUUGAGAAGGAAACAGCCAAAAGCAUUGCUGAUGCAGCCAUGCUGGAGGUGGCCAGCAUUUCAAUGGGUCACAUGGAACCUGAUGAAUUCUACGAGGGAAUCACCUUCGAGCAUUUCGACAAGUUGCUGAUUGAAUUUGAAAUUGAGUCAAAGAUGAACAUCCGCUUUUUGAAUAUGGACACGACGACGCUGUGUAAAUGAGGUUUGUACACUACAAUAAUGGAGUGACUCCCAGAAGAGUCACAGAACUACACUUUCACUGUAGCUUUACCUGUAUGUUGUUUCUGUAGUUGCUAUCACUGAAAAUAUGCCUUAACCAUGUUUGAAUAACUAUGCAAGUCCAAAGACAAUGUGUAUUUUGUGGAUGUGUUAGAAGCAUUUAUUUUAUUACACGCAAUAAAACGAGAUAAUCAGAAAAUAUUAUGCACCUAUGAAUAAACGGAUAAAGCAAUAAUAAUCAGAUCCAUGUCUGGCUAACAGACAGAAUGACUCUAUGCAUGCAGACAUGACUCUUUGAAGAACCUUUAAAGAUGUUGUUGCUUUACAUUAUUAACUCAAUAAUCAGGGAUGUAAAGGUUUGUCUUGAAAUGUAUCUAAUAAUAUUCAGACAUUAACUUGAAAUGCCUUUUACUCGUGUCACAAAUAUGACCCUUGGUGCAUGCUCUGCACACUAUAUUUGCACAAUAAAAGACCCCGUGAGACCGACCCG